CCCCCAAGCCAAUCCCCGGCCCGGCCCCUACCCCUACCCCUCAUCCCCACGAACCCGUUGUUCCUUCUUCAUCGAGUUUCAGCUUUCAUUCUCCGUCUUUUCGGACAGAGAGAGUAACAAAUUCGCAGUUGUCCAUUUGAUUGGUUAAAUAUUGACGCCUUUUUGUACAUAAAUAAUACAUACAGGCGAGUAUAGAGAAUAAGAAUUGAAACCCUAGGACCCGAACCCAACCUGAAUAUCAUUGCACAGGUACGGGAGCCAUCAAAAAAUCAUUUUGCUAAUGGAGUGACCCAUUGCUUUAUCUAAUAUAAGUAUAUAAGUUUUUGAGGAUCUUGACAAAUUAGUCGUCGAAUUUACAUUGCAAGCAUUUCAUGAAGCUGAAAGUUACUUUUCCAAAGCUGGGUCUUUCACCUUCAGAUUGUCUCAGUGAUCCUGAGGAGAAGGAAGUUAGUGAAGGUGAAGAUGAAAAUGAUGAUCGUAACCAUAAGCAUCGUAAAAAAGAAACUCGUUCUCAAUCUUUAGAGCAGGAUGCUCUGGAUCAAGUUUUUACAAGAACAUAUAGGAAAAGAAAUAGGCCCUUUGAAAAUGGCUACACAUAUGGUGGAUGUGAUUCUCAAUCAGGGGGUACAUUAUCUGGGAGGUUUGAGAAGCGACUUCCAAACCCAACCUCAUUUUCUGGUAUAGAUUUGAAGUACAGGAAAAGGGGGAACCAAUCGAUGUCUGGUGAAGCUGGUCCUGUUAGGGGCAGGGGAAGGGCACUUAGUUCCUGGGGACUGUGUGAUUCAAGGCUUGGCUCAUCUUAUAUUGCAUCACAACUGGUUCAGCCUGGUACUAUGCAUUCCAGUAUCUUUUCAGGGAGGGGGCUUCCAAAUGUUUCUAAUGUACAGAGUACAUCUUGGAAUGCAUUUGGACUGGUUCCCGGGAUAUCUAAUGGUGCCCUCGAUGAAUUUCACCCCCUAGGUUUUCAGAGAACCCUCAGACCAUCUCUCAGUCCUGCAAUGAAUAUUGUCAUUCCUCGACAAAGGUGUAGAGACUUCGAGGAGCGUGGUUUUUGUCUAAGAGGAGACAUGUGCCCAAUGGAGCAUGGUGUCAAUCAUAUAGUUGUUGAAGAUGUUCAGUCCCUUUCGCGAUUCAAUCUCCCCAUUUCACUUCCUGGCUCGCAGCUUCUUGGAACUCCUGCUCGACAAGACACUUUACCUGCAGUUAAUGUUUCUGCUCCUGGCACAUUAAUGAAUGGCAGAGCUUCAUAUGGAAAAAGCAGCAAGAUUGCAAUGUCUGAUGAAGGUUUGAGCUUGAAUGGUGGUUUUAUUGGUGGUUCUAUGACAGGAGGCUCUGACGUCUAUGAUCCUGACCAGCCUUUAUGGGCCAAUGAUCGCACUGAAACACCAGUAGCACUCCUAGCACUUAAUCCUUCCGAUGUGGAUGAGACUGAGUCUUUCUUGGAUACUGGUCCCUCGGAUCGUCAGUUGGUCGGGUUUUCUGCAGGCUUUGAUGAUGAGCGUACAACCAGGAAUGCUGCUACUGCUGGAUCCCAAAAUUCGUCUGUGUGGGGAAGAAUAGAUAGUUCACGAAAUAGAUCAGGACUAAAGGAGAAAAUUGAUUCUUCAAUGACUUCCUCUAAUCUUGAAACUGAUGGCAAAGAUCUGGAACCUUUAGUCACUGGUUCCGAAGAUGCUUCAGAUCAUGGUAAAAAGAUGAAUGUGAAUCAAAAUGGACCUCAAUUUAAGGAAACGUCUUUCAAGCAACAAAGUGAAUCUGGACAUGAUGUCCAAAAGCCAUCUCAUAAGGCACUUCGCACCCUAUUUGUCAAAGGCAUUCCUCUGAAAGAUAACAGAAAGGAGGUUCUUCUUUCACAUUUUCGAAAAUUUGGAAAGGUUGUUGACAUUUAUAUCCCCUUGAAUAGUGAGCGAGCUUUUGUCCAAUUCUCUAAGCGGGAAGAAGCAGAAGCUGCUUUUAAGGCACCUGAUGCAGUAAUGGGUAAUCGAUUUAUCAAGCUUUGGUGGGCAAAUAGGGACAACAUUCCUCAUGAUAGAGUAUGUGGCACCAGUAACGUGCUCAUUACUCCCCGUGGAGUAACAAAUUCUCCAGCUCUUCUCCAUCCAUCUGCUCCUGACAAAGGAAAGGAAAAUUCUCAAUAUGUAGGUAGCAAGGACUGUAAUUCCCAUCCUUCUGUUCCUCAAGUGCUAGUGCAUGAUCAUCCUAGGCCUGUUAUUUCCAGUAGUCCCAAAGCCCCACCUCCUCUACAAAACAAGCUGGAGAGUUUAGAGGUUUUGAAGGAAGAACUCCGUAAGAAGCAGUUGAUGCUUGAUCAGAAACGAAAUGAUUUCCGGCGCCAGCUGAACAAACUUGAGAAACAUGCUACAGGCCUCAGAGAUGUGUCACCAGAUCCGGCCGCCAAAAGACUUAAAGGGGAAACACUAGCUGACCCUGUGGAAGCUGAAACCUCGGGAUCAACACCAAGAGCUAACGUGGUUGCUGAAAAAUCUGACGAGCAUGCUAAGCCAAAUAGUCCCACCUUAAAUCCUACUGCAUCUGUGCAGGACCCUCCUAGUUCGAGACCUUUAAUUCGUCCACUGGCCCCUGUAGGGGCUCGGGCACCAUUGGUGAUCAAUAGAUUCAAACUGGACAAUCGUCCUACCACAUUCAAAGUUGUUUCACCCUUACCGGAUGGCCUUGCAAAUGUUGCUGCUUUAGAGGAACACUUCUCUAGUUAUGGGGAUCUUUCUUCUGUGGAACUGGUAGAGUCUGAGCCCCACGAAACUAGUAAUGCUUUGCUGCCAUCAAAUGUUGCAGCUUGUCUCUCUUUCAUGACACGACAUUCUGCUGAGAAGGCAUUCUUGAAUGGGAAAUGCUGGCAAGGCCACAAUUUGCGGUUUAUGUGGAUCACUUCUAGUAAUUCUAGCAAAAGCAUUGGUGGUGCAGGAAAUUCUUCAGCUCCUCCUGAUGCGCAUUCAGAUGCUAAUUUUCAAUCUAGUGGCGAAGCUGUCACUUCAAGUAAUUCUAGCGGAAACGUUGGUGGCUCUGGAAAUUCUGCAGCUUCUUCUGAUAGGCCUUCGGAUACUAAUAUUCAGUCUAGUGGAGAAGCUAUAUGUACUCGUGAUAAAACUUCUUCCUCAGGCAGUGACGAAUCUGAAAAUCCAAUAAAAGAAAGUGAUGUGGAUUUUGUAAAUCAGCGCAAAGAUUCCAAGUUGGGCUCAACCACAAUUUCGGGCGAAGAACAGUCAACUUGAAGAAGUUCGUGUUCUUGAAGCUAAGCUGAAUCAGGUUGUACAGUGAGGUAAAGUUCAUUUCAAAUUAAACCCAAUUUCAUGUCAUUCAGCUGUAGCUAAAAUCUGGCAUCAGUUUUGUGUUUUUAUUUCCUGAACAUGUAAAAAGAAAUUCUUUAACUGUGAACCAUUGGCACCUGUAACAGAUCAUGUUAUUUCAAGGUAUUUCUAUGAAUGAAUUUUCAUUUGAGCUAUA